AGUAGCCUAUCAGAGAAACCUGCGUGUCCGACAAUACGUUUGCAGCUGAAGAUGAAGUUUACGUUCAUCUUUCUCAUCUCGGUGGUCGUCGUUAGUACUCACCAGUAUUUCUACAACGAACCUAAAGGAACCUACUGGCAGUCACCUUACUCACCACAGCCGUUUAUCGGCAUACCCCAACCAUUCAUUGUCUAUUUUUCUAAACCCAUUGCACCAAAAAUCUACACUUUACAAAGUAAGAAACCUGAAACAUACUAUAUCGAUGAGGAUGAUAGUCAAUUACGCAACAGUUACGGUGAACCGCACACGUUUCCAGACACUGAAUUAAGAAUUAAGGGAUUUAAUCGUGACCAACAAUCGAAUGAGCAGCAGCAGGACGCUCGGUUUUUAUUCACCAAACAUAGCGUUUAUACCUAUCCUUUUUUCAAAACGGUGACGUUUACAACCCAAACAUCGCUGUCGCUCACCUUUUUUGUGACUUGUGUGCCAGCAAAUCAAGUACUGGAUGGUGUUGCCGCUACCGCUUGCCGUCGCAAGAGAAGUACCAACGUCGAUGAUGCCGCAAUCGCUGAGGAAAAUCAAUUGAUCAUCGCUCCCUCGGAAACUCAAAAAUUAACGACAACGGCUAUUUCCUCUUCCUCCCCGAAAUUAUAUGAGCUUUCGUCAUCCAAAGAUGACACUUUUCCAGAGGAAAUGUUGACAGAGGAUCCGAGUAAUCUAAGGCAGCAAAGAUUUCUGUUUGCAAACAAAAAUCGACUUAUAAUAUCUUCAACUGUUACUUCGUUUUCGUUCUCAAACGCGACCGUUACGGUGACUAGAAAUCUGUUUAACGCUGCUAACCAAGGUUUCCAAUGUGUGGCUGUGGCUGGCAUGAACAUGCCAGUAUGCGUUACCUGUUUGCCAGCUGGCUAUGUUGUUUGCAAUGCCGCUGGUUAAACGUCAUUUUGAUUCCAGCUUCAAUUCGAAUGCAUAUCUAACAUUGAAACCGUUGACUUGGCUAAACGGUGUCCCUGAGUUAUUCGUCCCAUCCUUCACCGUCAUAUUCUUCUUACGUGUAAAGGUGUUGGCCUCCACCAACGGAUCUAUAC